AUGACCAGGAGAAACCCGGGGACUCUAGUUCAAUAUAACUCGAAAAUUGAAGCAAGCGCUCGUAGAAACUACGGUCAAACACUUCGACGAAAGAAGCAGCAAGAGCAAAGAGAACGACAAUCCAAUCUGGAAUCUACUUCUACGACACCACCACGUGAACCGGAACAAACUCCCAAUGAAAGACCAUCUCCCAACACCAUUAAUCCAAUAACAAAUCCCACGUUUGAACUGGAGCAAAUGGCGGACCAAACCAUUAAAGAGCUUGCCGCCGCCCCCGCCGUACAACAACCGCUCUGCAUUACCUUUCCUCAAGGCACUACCCCUUUUCAACUCAAAACAGGGUUAAUUCAUCUCCUCCCUAUAUUCAACGGUCUUCCUAGCGAAAGCCCACAUAAACAUCUCGCCGAAUUCCACAUGGUGUGUAGUAGUAUAAAGCCGCAAGGAGUCUCGGAAGACCAAAUCAAACUAAGGGCAUUUUCUUUUUCUUUAGCCAGAAUGGCUAAUGAAUGGUUAUUUUACCUUCCGCCUAACUCAAUAACCACAUGGGCUGAACUAUCUCGUGUUUUCCUUGAUAGGUAUUUUCCAGCGGCAAAGGCGAGCGAGCUUAGGCGAAGCAUUUUGGGAAUCCAGCAAAGGAGCGAUGAAUCUCUCUACGACUACUGGGAGAGGUUUAAAAAGUUAUGCGCAAGUUGCCCGCAGCAUGGCCUAUCCGAGCAGACCCUUCUUCAGUAUCUCUAUGAAGGGAUGCUUUCGAUGGACAAAAAGAUGGUGGAUGCUGCAAGUAGUGGCGCACUCGUCAAUAUGACGCUAGAAAAUACUAGAACUAUAAUCUCUACUAUGGCCACAAACUCGCAACAGUUCGGCUCUUUAAGUGAACCUAGCCCACGGGUUCACGAAGUAAGUACCAUUUUUUUAGAAAAUAAAAUAGACAAAUUGACUGAUAUUGUCAAUUCUCUUGUCACAGGUAAGAUAGGAUCCGUAAAGGUUUGUGGAAUCUGCACGAUGUCGAACCACCCAACCGAUUCAUGUCCAAUGCUACAAGAUGAGACGGGCGCCCAAGUCAAUGCCAUAAAUAAUUUUCCAGGACCUCCUCAAAGGCCAUACAAUCCCUACGGUAACACUUUCAAUCCCGGUUGGAGAGAUCAUCCAGAUAUGAGCUAUGGAAACAAAAACGAAAAUUACCAACCGAGACCACCUCCCUUUCCAAAUCAAUCACCACAAAAAACCUCUCUUGAGACCAUUGUUGAAAAGUUGGCCAUUUCACAAGAGAAAUUCCAAACCCAAACACAAUCUCAUCUCCAAGAAAUUGACAAACAAAUAAGCCAACUAGCCCAAACCGUUGGUCGCCUACAGUCUCAAGGACGAUUGCCCUCUCAAACUGAAACAAAUUCGAGAGAAAAUGUGAGUGCGAUUACUUUACGAAGUGGUACCGUAAUUUCACCAGAGCCGACAAAGGAGCCCGAGAAAAUCGAGAAAGACAAAGAAGACACUUCUUUGAAGAGUCAAGAAGAAAAAUCCUCGCCUACCUCAGGUAAAGUCGUUCCUAGUCCUUCUUUUUCUACUUACGAGACUCCUCCUCCCUUUCUAGGAAAGCUUGCAAGGCGUGACAAAAAGGAAGAGGAGAAGGAAAUUUUGGAUAUAUUCAAAAAAGUGGAAAUCAAUAUUCCACUUCUUGAUGUCAUUCGGAAGGUGCCAAAAUAUGCGAAGUUUUUGAAAGACUUAUGCACAAAUCGGAGGUGGUUAUCCGGCAAUGAAAGAGUUAACCUCAACGAGAAUAUUUCGGCCAUUUUUCAAAGACGCCUACCAGUGAAAUACAAGGACCAAGGGAUGUUUGCAAUUCUGUGCAAAAUAGGAAAAUUCGGAAUAAAAAAGGGUAAUGUGUGA